AUGAAGCCCUCGAGGGCCCUCAGCAUAAACCCCUGGACGAACCUCCAUCCCCCGUUGCCCCGGACCCCCCGCCAGUCCCAGCAGCUUCUGAAUGCCCUUACGUCCUCCUUCCGUCGUGAGCUCGAUCGCGAGCAUCCUCCCGUCCAGCCGGCUUCAGAACAGUCCUCAAGCGGCAAGAAUGCCCUCUCCGGAAAUCGUCCGACCGAGGACCGCCCUCACUCUUCUUCACAUGCCACCGACAAACAUCUCCGCAUGAUUCUUGAUAACCCCCUCUUUCGCUUGACACCCUCGCAUGCCGCACGCUCCGUCUCACAUGGCCAAUCUCCAAAUAUUGAUAAGGCGAGAUUACAGAAGGAGCCCAUGGUCGUCUUCGACGAACUUGUGGCUUCUGGUUCUGCUACUGUCGGCGCUGUCGCAGAUUGUCUCAGUUGGCAGGUGCUACUUGCAAGUCGGCAUACUGGAGAGCGAUUUCGAACGGAAUUAAGAGACUCUCGGGCGGGCUCCCGAACUGUCUCGUGGUGGUUUUCGUUGAACUGGAGAGAGAGGACGAUUUUCUUCAAUAAUGGAAGAGUGCUACCCCCCUUAUGCAAGUUUAUGGUUGCCGAGGGGUUGCAUGAAUCGAUAUUUGUCUGGCUGGGCCUGUUAAAGGAUCGUGCUGUUCAUGGAGAAAGUAAUCAGAUGGCUGGGCCAUUAAAGUAUCUCCUGGGCACAUUCGUCAAGGCCGAGUAUGAGUGCGGCGGCGGACUAAGCUCCGCUAUACGUUAUUAUCUUGAUGCGUGCAGGAUGCUCAUGUCGACGGAUAACGAGGAGUCGAAACGGGUUUUAAAAGGGGCACUCGCCCAAUCUGGGGGGUUUUUAUUCUCUUUGAUUGUGACAAAUCCGCGCGAGAAUACUAAAACAACAAUACCUGCUGAACUAUACGAAAAUUACGCGACUGUGCUUUCUGCGAUAAUCCCAGGAACGGGAAUCGUUGGAGCGUCAAUGCCUAUAUACCAUCCAACUCGACCCGAUGCGAAGCCUUUCGUUCAAUUUUUGCGCAGUAUAACACCGGAGCAAUUCGAGUCAUGGUCUGAGAAGCGGCGUGAGAGAUUUAUGCGAACAGGCUUUAAAGCUCUGCAUGUUUUGAUUGACGCCGGGGACUUGAAAAAUUGCGAAUAUUUGGCGCGCUUCCUCCAGCAGCAUGUGGAAGAGGAGCGUGAAGCAGAAAUGUCAACAUCCUGGCGGCUCAGCCAUGUAUCAUCAGAAGAAAAGGCUCUUCUAAAUAGUUUGGACCUAGCUCUCGCUUGA